AGUUGCUCAAGAGUAGCAAUAAAUUGUACAAUGCGGCUGGUUGGGCAAGUGCAUUUUCUUCGCAGUUUCAUUCUACUAGCUGUACUAGCUUCUGCAGAUUGCAGAUGUUUUGAUUCAAUACCCGGGAAACAUCUUGAAUUGUAUGCAGAAUUGAUAUCUGAAAGAGGAGAAGAUGAAUGCCUCGGAUCUUGCCUAGCCGCCGAGUUUAAGUGUCAAUCCGCUCAGUUCAAUCUGGAAACAAAAACUUGCUUUUUGAACGAAGAGACUCACUUAACGCAACCAUCCUUAUUCAAAUCUUCUGAUAAAUAUAUCUUUUGGUUCAGGAAUGAUCAAUGUGACAAAAAUUGCUAUUUUCAAUACUUUUUUAAAAAGUAUUUACUAGGUUUCAAUACUGUGGUUUUUGAUUCUUAUUCAAGUUUUCAAUGUCUUGAAGAAUGUUUGAUCAGAUCUGAUUUAGAUUGUUUGUCAAUUGACUAUAAUAGAGACAAGCAAAGAUGCAUUUUAAGCAGUGAAAGCAACGACACUAAGAAUGAUGCCUUUUUAGAGCAUACAAAUUUAGAGCAUUUCCAAAAAAUCUGCUAUGCUCCAGAACCUGAAUAUCCUUGUUUUACUGAUACUCAUACUGGAAAGUAUCUGAAAAAUCAUCAUAAAGCACUUCAUGGUUUAGAUGAGGAAAAUUGUCGUAUUUAUUGUUUAACAGCCGAUUUCUUUUGUAAAUCAGCACAUUACAAAAAAGAUGAGAAUAUUUGUUAUCUGAACGUUGAAACUCAUAAAACAUCACCAAUUUAUUUUAAAAAUGACGAUAAAUACGUCUAUUGGCUAAGAAAUGAUGAAUGCAAACCAAAUUGUUAUUUUAAACAUUUUCAAAAGCGGCGUCUAAUCGGCUUUGACGAUGUAGUUCUGAUAUCGAUUAAUAAACACCUAUGUAUUAAAGAAUGCUUAACUAAUAACCAAAUUAAUUGUUCGUCAUUUGAAUAUAACGAAAAUACGAAAGAAUGCAGAUUAAGUAGCGAAUCUAACGAUACUAAAUCGCAGUUUUGGGAACCGAGCGACUCUUUUGAUUAUUACCAUAAGAUAUGUAAAAUUCCUCAAAUUCAAUUACCUUGUUUCGAUGAAAUGUACGAUGGUAGAUUCUUAAUUAAUAGUGAAGAAACUAUUUCGGGAAGAACCGAAGAAGAAUGUUGCGCAUCUUGCCUAACCUCGAAAAUACUUUGUAAGUCAGUACAGUAUGAUAGGUCAACAAAACUCUGCUAUCUCAAUACGGAGACUCAUAGAACAACACCUGAAAAUUUUGUAUCAAACCCUUAUUAUGUCUACUGGAAAAGAGGUGAGAAAUGCGAUUUAGAAUGUUACUUUGACUACAGUUACAAAAAGUAUUUACUUGGAUUUAAUACCAUUAGAAUUAAACCUUUUCCAAGCAUUAAAUGCUUAGAACAAUGCUUCAUUGCUGAAGAUAUUGAAUGUCUUUCAAUCGACUAUAAUCGAGAAAAGAGGGAGUGUGUACUUAGCAUAGAAUCAAAAGAUACACAACCAGAAAUGAAAUUAUCACAUAUCAAUCUCGAGCAUUUUCAUAAAGUUUGCCCAAUUAAAUAUCCUUGUUUUAGACUUUAUUCCAAAAAGUUCCUUGAGGAUAAAACUGAUCAGUUUAGCGGGAAAAGUGAAAAAGAGUGUAUUCAACUGUGCCUUCUUAGCGAAACAACUUGCAGAUCCUUAUCGUACAAUUCAAAUACAGAAAAGUGUUAUAUUUCAAGGAAAACUAAAGAUUCAAAUCCCGAUUCUUUUGUUGAUAAUGAAAACUUUAAUUAUUUCCAAAAGCUUGAUGAAUGUCAACCGAAUUGUAAAGUACUUCCGUUUCCUAGUUAUCAUCUUAAAGAUGAAUAUAUUUUGAGUGAGAAGGUAGACAGCGAAAUGGAUUGUAUUAAAAUGUGUGUCUCCCGUAGACCUUUCGGAUCUUGCAAUUCUGUCGAUUGGUUUAAAGAUACAUUCACUUGUGUUUUACAUAAGGAAACUCGUUUUUCUCAGCCAAGAUCGUUUAGGACUUUAAUUGCUUCAAUGCACUUUCAUGUGUCUUGUGGGAAUGUUUGUUUUAAGGAGCACCCCUACAGAUCUUUAGAUGGAUAUGAUUAUUCAAUUAUUGAAAAUAUAUCUGAGGACGAUUGCAAUUCGCAUUGCAUAAAUUCUGAAGAAACUUGCAGGUCUACGGAAUACGAUAAAACAAAGAAUCAAUGCUUCUUGUCUAAGGAGAAUAGUAUAACUAAGCCAUUAGGUUAUAAACCAUCCGAGACGAAGAUAUAUUGGGAGAGGAAAGAGAUAUGCCGAUUCGACUGUUACAUGAUCAAGUAUACCAAUCGUUACCUUAUGGGUCAGAAUGUCAGAACCGUUCAAGUAGUAGAUAAGUUUGAAUGUCAAGAGUUAUGUCUCUCUGAAUACUUAUCAUCUUGUAAAUCGGCUGAAUAUAAUCAAAGAACGAAAACGUGCUAUCUGGGUACCGAAACGCAACAUUCUAAACCUUGGAUUUGGUCAACAAGUAGCCAAUAUAUCUAUUGGGAUAAAGUAUGUAGAGAGGACUUUCUUUGCUUCGACAGACAUCCAGGACAGUUUUUAAACAAGUAUUACGACAGAAAGACUGAUCUAAGUGAGGAAGAAUGUGUACGAUGGUGCCAUAUGGCUAUAUGCAACGCGAUAAAUUAUAAAAUUUCCACGAAGGAAUGUUUCUUGAUCUUGUUGCCCGAUAAUGAAAAACCUGCUGUAUCGUUUGCUGGUACUAACGACUACGUUUAUCUACCAAAGAAGAAAUCUUGUCAUCCUAAUUGCUAUUUCAAGAAGGUUUCUAAUAAAUACCUUAUAGGAUUUAAUGACCACUCAAAAAUAGUACCUUCCGAAGAGCAUUGUCUAAAUCUAUGCAUAACCUACUUUGAAUGGUGUAGGUCGUUUGAAUAUCAAAAGUCAACUAGUAGAUGCGUUAUAAGUAAAAUGUUCAAUAUUAAUCCGGAAUUGUUACGUACAAACAAAGAUUAUUCACUAUAUGAAUUAAAUUGUAAAAUGAAUUCCAGUCCAGGUUCUAAAUGCUUCGAAAAAUAUAAAAAGAAACAUAUAAAUGGCUAUAAUACACAAACACUUUCUGAUCAAACUGAAAUAUCGUGUUUAGAAGCUUGUUUAACAACAAAGAAUUUCAUAUGCAGAUCUGCUGAAUUUUCUAUUUCUACUAAAAAAUGUUAUCUAAGUAAAGAAAGCAAAACUACUAGACCUUCGAAUUAUGAAGAUAAUAGUCAAUUUAUCUAUUAUCAUCGUAAAUCGGAAUGUAAAUUAGAUUGUUCCAUUGAUACACAAUUGCAUAAAGAAUUGGAAAAUUACGAUUUAAAAUCGUUCUAUACAAUUUCUAAUCUUGAAUGUAUAAGCGAAUGCCUAAUUACACCUGGUUGUUUAUCAGUUGAUAGAAAUGAAGUAACCAAAAGAUGCGAUUUACAUCAAGUAACAAAAUAUACUGCAACGGAUGCUUUUCAUACUGCAACAUCGUCCACUUAUUGGAAUGUACUUUGUAGUCACUGAAACUAUUCAACUUAUUAGAUAUAUUUUGAAUAAAAGCUUGUUAAAUAGAAGGCGUAGCUAUUAUUU